AUGUCCUUCCACGCAAACGGUGGGCGGCGCUACGGACAUGUACCUCCAGCACAAUAUGGUGCACCAACUGGUCAACCUUCAAAUAACUCGGGUCAGGGCUUGCAGAGGCAGUCUAGUUUUGACAAUGGAGACGAUGCUGCGUUUUUCGAUCCGAGUAUUGGCGGAUACCAACCUGCCCCGCCAUCUUCCGCGAGGGCUUCGAUGCCAUCGGAAGAAUUAUACAUGUCAAAUAACUCAAUGAGCCCACAAUCUCCUGGCAGAUCAUCGUUUGGAACACCCGGUAGUCCAGCUUUGUCGGGAUACCAACAUCAAUACCAACCGCUCAAUGGGCCUCAAUCCCCCCCACUCUCCCAACAACCAGCAUAUAACCCUCAGAACUUUGCCAGGUCCCAAUCGCACUCGCAAUCAACUCAAUACCGCCCCCAUCCCUCAUAUAGCCCGAGUCUUUCUAAUCAACUUCAAUACUCAAACUCUACAUCCUCCAGUCAUCAGACAUAUAAUCCCGCAGCUUAUCAACCGUCGCAAUAUCCCGCACGCGCUUCGUCUACUGCUUCUGCGUACAACAACUAUAACAACUCGUAUGCGCAGACUCCUACCGCUACAUCAGCAUCCUACUGGUCGCAGAAUCCCCAGCAAUAUGGAUCGUCAUCCCCUCCGGCUCGCGCAAGUGCCAUAUAUGAGAGUUACAUGGAUUCGCCGCCUCUUAGAAGUCCAAGCUAUGCUCCUCACUCGGCUCCUUUACCACUGCCCUCGAGGCAGGCAUCGUAUAACUCGCCACCUUCAAUUCCUUAUCCCGUCAACGGAGACACUUUUGCUGAAGAGGAUUACAGGAGUCCUACACAAAUGCCCACCUACCCGAAUUUCCCUGGUGGUGUACUUCGAGAGAAUUCAACUGACUCCAUAACUCAAGAUCUCCCUCCAAUUCCUCCGCCCAAACGUUCUUCAACGAAUUCUUCAAAUGCUCCUGUGAUAUCUAUGCCUGUGUCUGCCGGAACUGCGCUACAAAGACACCCAACGCAAAGACCCUUGCCUAGUGCACCGAUGGAACGAAGUACUGGAGAUGAAGAUGACUGGGGUCUAGGAAUACAAGGUAAGACAUUUGAAGAACUUGCUCAAGAACAAAUCUUUGCGGAUAUUGGAGAUGCCCUUGGAACUUCCCACCGGAAUGGAGACCUUCUGGAUGGUGAACUACAUCGAUAUGAUUCAAGAGCAACUACUGUUCAUUCUGGUGCUGGAGUUGACCAUUUUUCUUCUACAGCUUCUACAUUAAAUACCCAAGGGACUUCUUAUGAUGAUUACGAAGAUGACGAAAGUGAUUUGGAAGCGGCUGCGGGUGUCGAAGCUAUGCGCAUUGCCGAAGAACAAGAAUCUCAUGGACUAGGUUCGGGGGGGCUAAGUUUUGGUGGACCAUACGAAGCACAGCCAUCUUAUUACGAGGGACAACCAUCCCAUCAAAAUCAGAUGUCACAUGAAGAAAGCAGUGAUAGUGACUACAAAAAUAUGGAUCUGGGCCUUGCUGGCGGCGGCUAUGACGCACAUCUAUCCUAUGGGGAUGAUUUUACUGGUAUGAGUACAGAGCAUAGCAGUGAGAUGGAAGAUCAGAGUCGCCCAUUACCGACACCACACCAGCUCGGUCGUUCUGAUAGCCGUGCUCAAAGGGGUGGUUUGGGCGGAAUGGCUGACUACUCUAUGCCAGGCGAGGGUGAACUCCAUCCUUUUCCCGCAUUCGAGGAAGCUAGGGUUGAUAAUUACGGUACUGGUGGUCUAGAAAGACCAACAUCACAUGCUCACCGUUUAAGCUUUGACGAAGGUGAUGAGCAUUCAAUUCAAUCUCGAAUCUUGGAUUCAAGGCAAAGUGGUAGGUCCGGAAGUGAUAGUCCCACGAGAGAUGGAAUGGCAGAAUUGUUCUACCAUCCAGGAAUGACCGCGGGAUCUUACCAACGGCCUCUUCCGGCAGUGCCUCCAAUGUCUGAAAAUAGGACGCCUCAGUUACAACCAGCUGGCUCUUACCGAAAUUCGCAUGGUUAUUCACACUCCUACUCAUCAAGUAUUGACAGUGUGAGACCUCAUCCUCCUAGUGGACCGGAUGCAUAUUCACAAAAUACGCUCCAGCCUGCCCUCCAAUAUGUUCCAAGAUCAUCAUCUCUCCAUAGUCACAGCAGUACUGCACAAACAAUACCUCCGGUUCGAUCGAAAACGGAUGCAGAAGAGCGACAAGCCAGAGCAAAAGGAAAUAGGCAGUCUAUGCUACGUUCCGGGGCAGGCUUAGAUGGCUAUGAUGCAUCCACUCCGCAGUCACUGGCGACGCUCGAUCUACCUGCGUUACCAGCCGGCCGUCGCAAGAAGUUUUCUCCUGGAAGAUUAGCGACAGCCGAUUUCCGAAGGUGUACAGAACCAUGGGCCCUGAGCGGAAUUGCAGCUUGGAUACGAGAAAUGGCUGGCGGAGAAACGGGAGAGGGUGAACCUGACCUUCGAGUAAAGACGAUCGAAGAUGGUCUCGUAGCACUGUUCACACACAUGGUACCAACCAUGAACACGGCCGAUGCGGAGACACUGAGCGAAAGAGUUGUGAAAUCUAUGUUCAAUGCCGGCAUCCUAGUUGAUGAUGAAGAGUGGGUUAAAUUUGGUCAAGGUGAAGUAUCCGGUGUCUUAUGGCAAUUGACGGGGUCAGGGUGCUAUGCACCAAAGGUUCACGAACAUGAAAUAGAAGGUCGAUGUUACUCGCAUCAUUGUACUCGCACACUGAAGAAGAUUAACCUACAAUCUCAAACUUUGGAACCAUCGAGAAAAUCCGAGGAUUGGAUUACGUACUUCAAAAUAACCAAGGAAAUGCUCGGGGGUGUAAACAAGAAAGAGAUUGAGAGACAGAACAACCUUCACGAGAUAGUCAUGUCGGAAGAUAUCUAUAUGGACCAGAUCAAUGUGUUGCGCAUACUAUAUCGAGACAAUCUUGAUUCAUGGCAACCUCCCAUUAUUGCGAAAAGCAAGACUAGCAAAUUCGUCGCUUCGGUUUUCGGAAAAGUCGAAGCUAUCAAAGAUGUCAAUGAAAAUCAUCUCCUCGCACAAUUGAAGUACAGACAAAAAGAGCAAGGACCUUGGGUGAUAGGCUUUAGCGACAUCUUUAGAGAAUGGAUAAGGAAGGCUAAGUUAGCAUAUAUUGAGUAUGCUGCUGGGUUUCCAUAUGCCACAUAUCUUGUCCGAAGAGAAGCAGACAGGAAUCUUCUAUUCCGCCAAUUUCUAGACCAAGCUCGAGAUAACAAACUCUCCGGUCGUCUGGAUUGGAACACGUAUUUAAAAGCACCAAUCACAAGAUUGCAGCGCUACGGUCUUCUCCUCGGAACUGUUCUGAAGAAUAUGACUCUGGACAGCGAAGAAAAAGUAACUCUCGCGAUUGCCAUUGAAGAGAUCAAGGCAGUCACAUUAGAGUGCGAUGCUAAGGUUGAGGAACAAAGUAGGAAGGUCGACAUGAUUGAGCUACAGUCGAAGCUGUAUCUUCGCCCUGGCAUGGAGCGUGUCGAGCUCAAUCUGGAUCAUUUAGGCCGGGAGCUCCUCCACAGAGGAGAUUUGCAGCGUGCUGGUAACAAUCGAUUCACCUGGCUAGAAACCCAUGCUAUUCUGUUUGAUCAUUACUUUGUUCUAGCCAAAAGUGUUAUUCAACGAGACGCCAGUGGUGGACGGAAAAAGGAAGUUUAUGAUGUGUCGAAACUUCCGAUUCCCAUGCAGCUUUUAGUUCUUGAAAGCAGCGACGAUGACCCAGUGCAGAAAUCUGCAGUAAAGGGUAUUGGAGCUGUCACAACAACCGUCUCUAAAACUGCCCCCACAACUACUGCUGAAGCGAGGUUGAAUCGCACUGCCACCAACAAUACUGGACUUGAGCGGAUGCAAACAUUAGAGCAUGCAAGCACUAACAACUCGGUCUCAACCACGGCUUCGACGGUAAGACUGAACGCUGCUAAUAUGAAUGAUAACGAUGCAAAGGUGAUGUACCCAUUUCGUAUCAAACAUCUGGGUAAAACCGAGGUUUAUACUCUUUAUGCUCCAUCAGCAUCAAGCCGAGACAAGUGGUGCGACAAAAUAAUCGAAGCAAAGACUCGUUACGCAGCGGCUCUUUUCGCGCAGAAUGCGGAGCCUUUCCGUCUCAAAGUUACAGCUGACAGUGCCUUUGCUUAUGACAACUCGAUGAUUUAUCAACAACGAGCUCCCAUAUCUAUCUCUGGCACACCACUGGAUAGAUCCAUCAGGGAUAUGGAAGGUAAUUAUGGAGCAAAACCCCGACCGCCCCCGAUAUGCAGAGCUCGCGUAAACUGUGCCACAUCUUUCACAUCAUAUGGGAAACUUUUGAUUGCAAUUGGAACAGACUAUGGGGUUUAUAUUUCUGAGGCAUCGAACCCUCGAGGGUGGUCGAGAACGAUCCAAAUGCCCAAAGUUACACAAAUCGCCAUCCUUGAGGAAUUCUCGCUAUGCCUUAUCAUUGCCGACAAAUCUCUCAUUGCAUAUCAUCUCGACGUAAUUAUUCCUGCCUCAAUUCAUCCUGCUCCCAAUACAGACUCAUAUCGUCGAGCACCGCAAAAGCUCUCCGGCACUCGGGAUGUAUCCUUCUUCGCUACAGCUCGUAUGAAGGAUAGAACCUUAGUCUUCUACAAGAAGAAAGAAAGUCUACAUUCUGUCUUCAAAGUCCUAGAACCAGUUGUCCAAAAAUCAUCGGAGAAAAAGUCUCGUCUAUUCGGUAAACGCUUCGGCGGUAACACUGAAUUUUUCCGUGAAUUUGACGAAUUCUAUAUCCCAACCGAAUGCUUCACCAUCAAUCUCUUCCAAUCCUACAUCGCCAUCUCCACCCAGAAAGGGUUCGAACUCUUGACCCUCGAUAAAAAAGUCCCAAUGAGUAUCCCAGAUACUAAAAACCAAAAUAUAGCAUCCAUAGCCGCUCGACUUCAAGCGACAAUGCCCCUAGGCAUGUUCCGACUCUCGGAUGCCGAAUUCCUUCUCUGCUACGCAGAUUGCGGUGUAUACGUCGACAAGCACGGCGAGGUAUCUCGAUCCGUCAUCAUGGAAUUUGUAGGGAAAGCUCACACGGCAGCUAUGUAUGGUGCCUACUUGGUCCUCUUCGAUAAAGAUUUUGUAGAAGUGAGAAAUGCGGAGAAUGGGAGACUGAGACAGGUUAUUGCGGGUAGUGAUGUGAGAUGUCUAGAUGCAGGCACCAAUCCCCAGGGCGCAGGUGCAAGUUCUAUGUCGACUAUAAGUCCAAUGGGUGGGCAGGCUGGAGGGGCCAUGAACAGGACGUUGAAAUUGGCGAUGGCGCAUCCGGAGGUCGCAGGCAAUCAGAUUGUGUUGGAGAUGGUGCUUAAUGAGGGUCAUUUGGAGUAG